AGACGAGCACUACUGAAGAAGAAGCCAUGGGUUCAGACGAGAAGAGUAAGAUACUGAUAAUUGGAGCCACAGGGUAUCUUGGCAAAUUCAUGGUGAAGGCAAGCCUUUCUUUUGGCCAUCCAACCUAUGCCUACGUUCGGCCAAUCAAACCCAGCAACGACUUUUCCAGGCUUGAGCUGCUCAAAGAAUUUGAAGCCAUGGGGCUCACCAUCUUCCAAGGUGAACUGGAUGAGCAUGAAAAGCUAGUCGCGGCUUUAAAACAAGUUGAUGUUUUAAUAUCUACGCUGCCUAUCCCUCAACUUCUUGAACAGUUCAAAAUUAUCAAUGCCAUCAAAGAUGCCGGCAAUAUAAAGAGAUUUAUCCCAGCAGAGUUUGGAAAUGAUCCAGCAAGAGAAAGUACACUGGCGCCUUUUGAGGCUGUCCAUGAGGAUAGAAGGAAGAUUAGAAGGGCUACAGAAGCAGCAGAAAUUCCCCACACUUAUGUGUGUGGAAACACAUUUGGAUCCUAUUUUGUUAGUCAUUUGCUUAAUCCUCAUGAGGAAAGGGACGAAGUCGUUGUUUAUGGCACUGGUGAAGCCAAGGUCGUGAUGAAUUACGAGCAAGACAUAGCAGCCUACACAAUAAAAGCAGCAACAGAUCCAAGGGCAGCCAACAAUACCAUCACUUGUAGACCACAAGGAAACAUUAUAUCUCAGUUGGAUUUAAUUUCUCUUUUGGAGAAGAAGACUGGACGCACUCUUAAAAGGGUUUAUGUCUCCUCACAACAACUGAUCGAAUACUCAAAGACACUCCCUCACGCUGACAAUGUACGUGCUUCCAUUGUCCACGAUAUAUUCGUCCUAGGUCAAGUUUAUGAAUUCACAGAAAACAACCUAGAGGCCUCCAAGUUAUAUCCGGAUUACAAGUACACUUCCAUUGAUAGCUUCCUUGACAUUUGCUUGGUUGAUCCUCCCAAGCCAAAAUCAGCAGCAUUGUGAGCUUUAUGCUGUUUAAAUGACAAAUCAUUAUUGAGUAUUGUUAGUCAUGUAAUUUCUUUUCUUUGAAUAAAAUAUUUGAUAUU